GAGCCGCAAUACCUCCGCCUCGACUAAUCUCGAUACCUAUCUAUUAGCGGCUGCGUAGCCGAACCACGGCUGCCCCGCAAAUAUCCUCCUCCUCCUCCUCCUCCUCCUCAGCCCCCUCGAAACCUCGCGGAUCUCCCUCCCGUUUCGACAUCGUCGUCCUCGUCGUCGUCCCACGCUCGACCGUCGACAGCACCAUGUCGAACCUCGGUUCGUACAUUAAUAAAAAGGUCCUGGUCAUAACGGCCGACUCCCGAACGUUAGUGGGGAACCUCUUAAGCUGCGACCAACUGACGAACUUGGUUCUCGGACAGACGGUCGAGCGCGUUAUCCGCACGCCCGACGACAGCGAGCCGUCGACCGAGGUGCCGCUGGGCCUCUACCUCGUCCGGGGCGACAACGUGUGCGUGGUGGGCUUGGUGGACGGGCCGCUCGACGAAAGCAUCAACUGGCAGGAGGUGAAGGGGUCGGCCAUCGGCGGCAUCAAGCAUAUAUAGGACGGACGGACGGACGGUAUCGCUCAUCUAGUGCCAUGACCGACUACCGCCAUUACUAUAACCACCUCUCGUCCUUCUCGCCCUUCUACCGUUACUACGAUGGCCAGAGUCGCUUAGCAGCUUCUCGAAGCCGGGGGAGAACGAAAAGAUGGGAGGAAGAAUGGAUUGCAUACGGGUACGGCGUUUGAGGAUAAGAGUGGACGAAAAAUUGCAUUUAUGUGAGGAGAGAGGGGAUGUUCUUUUGGGAGUUCUACUACAUCUCAAUAGGGUAG